AUGGAGGACGAACCACCCCAAGCAGUCCGCAGCUGCCGUACCUGCAAGCGAGACCUGCCGGAAGUCGAAUUUCGAAGCGUUAAGGACCCUAGGAAAUUUAUAGGACAGUGUACUAGCUGCAGGGCACGCCAAAAGGAACGGGUAGCCGAAUCUCGAGCAGCCGUUGCCGGCCUGCGGAAUAUCGCUUUGAGGCUAUCGCCACGCAAGGCCACGAAGAGGACCGAUUCGCUGGCCGACCUGACGCCUCCAAGGCGGACCGCGCCAGCGUCUUCGUCUGUAAAGAGCAUAUCGCUUGCUGCCACCACGCCUGUUCUGUUCCGUGAUCUGGUGCCCGCAUUUCCAGAACUUCCUAUACCUCGGCUGGGGCCAUUCACCCCAACUGUGGUCGAUGACCCCUCCUCCUUUGCUCCUGAGCCCGGCCUGCCAACAGUAGUUCUGGGCACGCCGAUUCCUCGAAGCACUCAGUCUACGACUCCUGUUGUUGUGCUAGGUACACUUAUACCGCAGGAAUCGCUUCCCCCCACUCCUUCAUUACCGCCACAGGCUCGUCGUCGUGGCCGCUAUGCCCGUCAAAGUUCACAGCCUCAAGAGCGACAGUUUGAUCAGAUAGUCGAUCCGCCUUUUACCGGGGACCUCAACCUGCCUGCCCUCAGUGAGGAAGAUCAAGUCCUUGUGCGGCAGUUCUAUACUGCCUUGAAUGAUGACAAGAUGCAAAGCUGCCCCCGUUGCCAAGAGCGUUGGUUCGACAUGAAGAGGAAUAGCUUGAACAUCUGCAGCCGCUGCAUUAGUCGAGACAGGAAGAGAGCCUCGGACGAGCCCUGCUUCUUCAGUGCUGCCAAUCACCUUGACUUUGGGGAAGUCCCCAGCAAUCUACCUAAUCUGACGAUGGUAGAGGAGAUGCUUAUUGCCAGAGUACACGUACAUGUGAAGGUCUUACAGGUACGUGGCGCCCAAUAUAAAUACCGCGGUCAUGUUGUCCACUUUCUUCGCAAUGUUGGCAAACUGUUUGAAGAGCUCCCAGUCUUACCUGAAAACCUAGAUAUCAUACUCCUACGGCCUCCUGUGGACGGCGACCCUCUCCUCCAGCCGCAGUUUGCUCGCGAUUUCCGGGUGCGCCGCUCAUGCCUGUUGAUUUGGCUACAGUACUUACAGCGCCACCACCAGGGCUAUCGUGAAAUUGUUGUGCGCGAGGAUUUCUUGCAAAGACUUCCUGUUGACGGCAGCAUUAUUGAUUCCAUUGCUAGCCAAGUGGCUGACAUACCUGACAGCGAGGCCCCUCAAGGCCCUGUUGAGGAAACCGCAGACGACGGAGGAGAUCCAAGCGAUGCCGACGCAUCGGCAAUCCCGAAUUUGCAGGUUGCCGACACCGAGCUAAAUGCCCUGCAAUCCCGAAUUUUCAACGGCACGCCUGAUUAUGAGAGUAUGACUGUUCUUGAGGAUAUGCCGCGUAGCGCGCAGGCUCAGCACCAGAUGUCAUUGCCUUCCAUUCGCAGGACCCCUAUCAACGAAUUCAACCAUUCCCAGCCGCUGCUAUCGCUCGCGUUCCCCACCCUGUAUCCUGAGGGCAAGGCAGACUUUACGGAGCCUCGCCUGCGGACCAUCACGUACCAGGACUAUCUUGCCCAUGCGAUGAGAUGGUAA